AUGUUGUCUAGAACCAUUGCUCGUGCUUCAAGAUCCGUUGCUCAACAAAAAAGAUACUUAUCUUUACAUGAAUACCGUUCUGCCGCUUUAUUGAAAUCUUUUGGUGUUGGUGUUCCAGACGGUUCUGCUGCAACCACUCCUCAAGGGGCCUUUGAUGCUGCCAAAGCCUUGGGUACUAAUGAAUUGGUCAUUAAGGCCCAAGCUUUAACCGGUGGUCGUGGUAAAGGUCAUUUCGAUAAUGGAUUCCAAGGUGGGGUUCAAUUGAUUUCUUCUCCCGAAGAAGCCAAAGAUUUGGCUGAAAAAAUGUUGAAUCAUAAGUUAAUUACUAAACAAACUGGUGCUGCUGGUAAAGAAGUUACCGCCGUUUAUGUUGUUGAAAGAAGAGACGCUAAAACCGAAGCUUAUUUGGCUAUUUUAAUGGAUAGAGCUUCUCAAACUCCAAUGAUUGUUGCUUCUGCUCAAGGUGGUAUGGAUAUUGAAGGGGUUGCUGCUAAAGAUCCAAAUGCUAUCAAGACUUUCAAAGUUCCUUUAAACGAAGGGGUUUCUGACUCUUUAGCCACCGAUAUUGCUUCAGUCUUGGGUUAUUCCCCAGAAGCCAUUCCUGAAGCCGCUAAAACCGUUCAAAACUUAUAUAAUGUUUUCAUUGAAAAAGAUUGUACUCAAGUUGAAAUCAAUCCUUUAUCCGAAACUCCUGAUCAUAAAGUUUUGGCCAUGGAUGCUAAAUUAGGUUUCGAUGAUAACGCUUCUUUCCGUCAACAAGAAGUUUUCUCCUGGAGAGAUCCAACUCAAGAAGAUCCACAAGAACGUGAAGCUGCUGAAUACGGUUUAAAUUUCAUUAAAUUAGAUGGUAACAUUGCCAACAUUGUUAACGGUGCUGGUUUAGCCAUGGCUACCAUGGAUAUCAUUAAAUUAUACGGUGGUGAACCUGCUAAUUUCUUGGAUUGUGGUGGUACUGCUACUCCUCAAACUAUUGAAAAAGCUUUUGAAUUAAUCUUAUCCGAUAAAAAAGUUAAUGGUAUCUUUGUUAACAUCUUUGGUGGUAUUGUCAGAUGUGAUUACGUUGCUGAAGGUUUAAUUGCUGCCACCAAAAACUUCAAAUUAGAUAUCCCAGUUGUUGUUAGAUUACAAGGUACUAACAUGGCUAAAGCUAAAGAAUUAAUUGAAAAUUCUGGUUUGAAAUUAUUCGCUUUUGAAGAUUUAGACCCUGCUGCCGAAAAAAUUGUCUCUUUAGCCCCAAAAGCUUAAGUAUUUCUUAGAUAAUUAUUUAUAAGAUCAAAAUUUCCAUAUCACUUUCA